AUGGCCGGAUUAUUUGGUUCUGCGGCUACCACAACCUCGACGAGCGCGGCCAAUACUCUCGGUGAUCUUUCGAAAGAUAUCCCUCUCAAUAAUCCUCCCGAGGAUAGUAUUUCCGAUCUUGCCUUUUCGCCGGUUUCCGAACAUUUAGCGGUCGCAUCAUGGGAUAAGAAAGUGAGGAUCUAUGAGAUCUUGUCGAGCGGACAGAGUGAAGGCAGGGCAUUAUUUGAUUUCGAAGGGCCGGUCUUUAGCUGUCACUGGUCAAAGGAUGGAAAGAAAGUCGUUGGAGCCGGAGCCGACAAAACUGCGCGUGUUAUGGAUCUUGAAAGCAAUCAAACGGUAUCGCAAGUCGCCGCGCAUGAUCAACCGAUAAAAUCCGCGAGAUUCUUCACUGCCCCUCAAACAAACGGCGAGAUGCUCGUGACCGGAUCUUGGGAUAAUACCAUUAAGUAUUGGGAUUUGAGAACUCCUAAUCCGGUCAUUUCGGUGAACAUGAACCAUAAAGUCUAUACCUUAGAUGUGCAAAAGAAUGUUUUGGUUGUUGGUACCGCAGACCGAUUUAUCAAUAUUAUCGAUUUGAACAUGCCAGAUAAGAUUAAGAAGACCAUUCAAAGUCCGUUGAAAUGGCAAACUAGAGUCAUUAGCCUAUUUCCCGACGCUUCUGGUUUCGCCGUUGGUAGUAUUGAAGGAAGAUGUGCCAUUCAAUAUGUUGAAGACAAGGACGCCAGCAUGAACUUCUCUUUCAAAUGUCACCGCGACCCACCCUCAAACAACAUGACCAACGUCUACUCCGUAAACGCAAUAUCCUUCCACCCUAUCCACGGUACUUUCAGCACUGCUGGGUCCGACGGCACGUUCCAUUUCUGGGACGGAAUUGCCAAGCAUAGAUUGAAGGGAUACCCAACCGUUGGGGGAACCAUCUCAGCUACAGCCUUCAACCACACCGGAAACAUUUUUGCCUACGCCGUUAGCUACGAUUGGAGUAAGGGUUAUGCAAGCAACACACCACAAUACCCAAAUAAGAUUAUGUUACAUCCAGUAAACGCGGAUGAGUGCAAGCCUAGACCAAGCGUCAAGAAGAGGUAG